CACGCCAUCCUCUUCCCCACAAAGAUGCCCUUCCAUCUACCUCACCGACCUAGCAACCCAAACCAUCCCAGAUGGCUCAAAGCCUCCAGCACCUUUUGGUGAUAAAUUCCAAGUCUCCUCUGGUAUGUCAACCACUUCCCCUCCAAACCAUGAUGAAUUUUAUCUGGACAUAGUAAAAUGCUUCAGCAUGGUUUUCUUUGCCUUGCCUCCAACCGAUGAGGUGUAGCUCAACUUUGAGUGGCUCAAGAGCUCCUUAUCCUCUCCAAAAGUCAACUUGAUGUUAAAUCAACUUCCCCAAUCAUUAAACCCUCCUUCCCCACAUGCUGGGCUGAUUUUUUUAAUGAGUUUCUUUAUCUAAUAAAUAUUUUAUAUUGGAUAUCCUAAUUUGCCCUUAAUUUUAAUAGAAAAUUAACUUUUAUUGAUGAAAAAACCGAUAAUGCAACACGAGGAAUUGAAGGAUGGCCAUAAUAAUUUUGUGACACAAGGGAAAAGUAAAGUUGAGCCUUAUUUUUUAGAACCAUUGCUACAAUUUAGCCAUUUGGUAGCAACUACUAAUAAUUUAUUUCGUUAAUUUUGUUUUGUUUUUGGGUGAACUCUCUGUUCUGGUCCGUCGUCAUUGAUUGAGAUUUGAGAUCGUUUCCUUGGCAAUUGCCAUUGAAGAGCAGAAACGUCGAUCCUUUGAAAUUGUAUUUGUUGAUUGUUUCUUCCUUUAUCUUUCAUUGGCAUUUGUAAUUGUGAUUGAUCCGAUAGAGAAAUGAGGGAGAUAAUAAGCGUACACAUAGGACAAGCAGGGAUCCAAGUUGGGAAUGCCUGCUGGGAGCUCUACUGCCUUGAACAUGGAAUUCAACCUGAUGGCAUGAUGCCGAGUGACACCUCUGUUGGUGCGGCACAUGAUGCUUUUAACACCUUCUUCAGCGAAACCGGUUCUGGCAAUCAUGUGCCUAGAGCUAUAUUUGUUGAUUUGGAACCCACGGUUAUUGAUGAAGUCAGAACUGGGACUUACAGACAACUGUUUCAUCCUGAACAACUUAUUUCUGGCAAAGAAGAUGCUGCUAACAAUUUUGCCAGAGGACACUAUACAGUGGGGAGGGAAAUUGUGGACCUAUGCCUUGACAGGGUGAGAAAAUUAGCUGAUAAUUGCACUGGUUUGCAAGGGUUUUUGGUCUUUAACGCUGUUGGUGGUGGCACUGGUUCUGGUUUGGGGUCACUACUUCUGGAACGAUUGUCUGUCGAUUAUGGGAAGAAGUCAAAACUUGGUUUCACCAUUUAUCCUUCUCCUCAGGUCUCCACUGCUGUUGUAGAACCUUACAAUAGCGUGCUCUCCACGCAUUCUCUCCUUGAACAUACAGACGUGGCUGUGCUUCUGGACAAUGAAGCCAUUUAUGAUAUCUGUAGGAGAUCUUUAGACAUUGAAAGGCCGACAUACACCAACUUGAAUAGAUUAAUAUCCCAAAUAAUCUCUUCUUUGACCACUUCUUUGAGGUUUGAUGGUGCAAUUAAUGUAGACAUUACAGAGUUUCAAACUAACCUUGUCCCAUAUCCUCGUAUCCACUUUAUGCUCUCAUCUUAUGCCCCUGUAAUCUCCGCUGCAAAGGCUUACCAUGAGCAACUAUCAGUUCCUGAGAUCACAAGUGCUGUAUUUGAGCCCUCAAGUAUGAUGGCCAAGUGUGAUCCGAGGCAUGGGAAGUACAUGGCAUGCUGCUUGAUGUACCGUGGUGACGUUGUACCAAAGGAUGUAAAUGCUUCUGUAGCUACCAUUAAGACAAAGCGAACAGUUCAAUUUGUAGACUGGUGCCCAACUGGUUUCAAAUGCGGUAUUAACUACGAGCCCCCUUCAGUGGUGCCAGGUGGUGAUCUUGCCAAGGUGCAACGAGCAGUUUGCAUGAUAAGCAACAACACUGCCGUCGCUGAGGUGUUCUCCCGAAUUGACCAUAAAUUCGACCUUAUGUAUUCCAAGCGGGCGUUUGUGCAUUGGUAUGUAGGUGAAGGGAUGGAGGAAGGUGAAUUCUCGGAAGCCCGUGAGGAUCUUGCUGCUCUUGAAAAAGACUAUGAGGAAGUUGGAGCAGAAGGUGCUGAUGACGAGGGUGAAGGGGAAGAUUACUAAAACUUAAUACUUUGGGAUUCAGAAGCUUUCUGUCUCUUCCUUAUUUUGUUUCUCUAGCUGCAUGUUUUUAUGUUCUUCAUCUUUUGAAUGACAUGUACGUUGUGUUAUGGAAAAAUGCAUGAUAAGCAAAAGACUCGAAACAAGUUUUACCUUUAUUGACAUCCCUUAUCCCUACUCCAUCCACCAUGUCCUUGCAUAAGAGGAAGGUUUCCACACCGUCCUAGGACCAACCAAUUAUGUUCUCUAGCUUCUGGUAGUCCAUUGUUGUAUGUCCUGGGUUAAUCGUUUUAUUAGUCCUUGAAUUUAGACCGGAUUUGCAUUUGAGUACCUAAUUGCAAGAAGGGCCUUGGUGCACUAGAUCAAAGUCGUGGAAGGUGAGAGUUUAUGUGUU